AUGCUGGCCGCCACCAGUAAUAACCGUAGUCACAACAGUAUGAAGGGUCUGCAGCUGUUUAUUGCAGACCUGAGAGGUUCAGUCCACGCCGAAGACCGAGAAAAGCGGAUUCAAGCAGAACUAGUGAAUAUCAGGAGGCAGUUUGGAGCAAACAAUGACAAGGAACGGGGUAAGGGCAGUAGCGUUUCGCCACUUAUGGCCUCGUCCAUGAACGGGUAUCAGCGCAAGAAAUAUGUUGCAAAGCUGGCAUAUAUUUUGAUAGCUACGAACACCACGCGAAUUGCAGACGUGAUGUUUGGACUGGAAGAGUGCUGCGAACUCAUGGCUUCCUCGAUUUACUCAGAAAAAUUCAUCGCAUACAUGACCCUGGAAAUGCUGUAUUGCAGCCCUACCGUUGCCCAACAAGCUGGAGACCGGAUCAUUCAACAGCUGAAGCACGAUUUAGCAUCCACUAGCGACAAUUCUGUGUCUUUGGCGUUGAAUUUUCUAGCGGUGGUGGGCAAAUUUGAUUCACGCUUAACUGCUGAGCUCAUACACGAGGUCUUCCAAGUGCUUCGAUCGCCUACAUCAGCGCAAAUUCUCAAGAAAAAAUCAGCUCUGGCUUUUUUGGCGCUGAUACGCAAUGAUUCAAGCAUUUUGACCCAGGAUGCAAGACGCAAACAGCUAUGGAUUCAGCGGAUUACAAGCCUCUUGGACGACUCCACGAACUACAGACUCAUGAUAUCAGUGCUUCCUCUGAUAGACUAUAUCGCUCGUGAAGUCGACGGACAGGCAUGUGUCAAGCUCAUUCCACAGCUUUCCGACAUACUUUACAAUUGCAUUACGGGGAAGGGUGAGGCUUCUUAUGACCUGUCAGGUCAACAAAGCAUGCCCAAUCCUUGGUUGGUCACUAAAAUAGUCGCAAUUCUCAACUUUUUGAUAAGUUCGCCCUCAAGCUCUUCUGGCGAAACCACAUUCAGCAAUAUUGACCAAGGGACCUUAGGCAAGCUUAGAACUUCUGUUACCAAGGCAAUUGAAAUUGGUACGGAGCCGGCCCUUGAUGCUGUUGCACGCACUGUUAAAAACACGAUUUUGUUCUCGCUCAUCAACUUUGCCUCCAAGUUGGAUCCUUCAACUGAUGCAAUCGUAAGCUCGGUCAGUGCACUAUGUUCGCUUCUUGCGUCCACAGAAAUCAAUACUCGCUAUCUUACCUUGGAUUGUCUUAUCAAGUUAUGUUCUGUCAGUGGGAAAAGUGCCAGAGACGACGUGCGCGUCAAGCACAUGGACCAAUUGUUCGGUCUUUUGCUUAUCGAGAGGGAUACGUCUAUUCUACGAAAGCUAGUCGAUCUACUGUAUACAUUGGCCGACAGCAGUAACGUUCAACCAAUCGUGAAUGCUCUGCUUAAAUUUAUGACAGACGCUAGACAAAGUGACAAUUCGAUACGAACGGACGUCUCGGUCAAAAUUGCUGUAUUGACCGAAAAAUUCGCCACAGAUACCACUUGGUACGUAGUUGUCUCCCUUGAUCUAUUGGCACUUCCUACAUCCUCGCUGGGCAGCAGCGAUAUAUGGCAAAGAAUUUGCCAGAUCGUGGUAAACAACAAAAGUCUUCAAUUGCUAACUUGUAGGCGUCUUCUCGAAUAUUUGCGCCAACGUGGUAAUGUUUCUGAGGCAAUCAUCAAGGCCAGUGCCUUCAUUCUUGGUGAAUACGCAGAGUUGCUCGCACCAGAUACAUCUUGCGGAGAGAUUUUCAAUCUCUUCACUGACAAGUAUUUCUCGGUUUCCAACCUCUGUCGUGCCAUGAUUCUAACAACAAUGAUGAAGCUAUACAAGAGGGAUGGAGAAAUCGGCUCUGCAGUCAUAAAGUUCUACCAGUUAGAGUUGAAUUCGCUGGAUGUCGAGCUUCAAACCAGAUCUUAUGAAUACCUGAAGAUAAUCCAGCUGGAGAAAGUUAGCGGUGUCAGAUUGGUGGAAGCCUUGUUUGAGCCCAUGGUACCAUUCAAUAGCAAAAGGAACCCAUUAUUAAGCCGUCUGGGUGGCUCCGUAUUGAGCAGUUCAGACUCCACAAGUGACUUCUCCACUGCUAACAGCAUUUCCACCGCUCCAACUCCUCCUCCCACUCGCAAAAGCAAGACAAUUUCGCGUAAUGCAAAAUACGAAGACCAGCAGUUAGCUGCUGGUUGGCAGGAAGGGCUCAGAAGGAUGCUCAGACACAAGCAGGGCGUGUUUUGUACAUCUCCUUUUUUGAAGAUACUAUAUCGUCUUUCCGUUGCGCCGGCGCAACCAGAACUUUUAGAGGUAGUUCUGACAUAUGUCAAUAUUUCGGAUCAGCCAAUAACCUCGCUGCUAACCGAUUUAAUACCGAUCAGAACAGAUAAUGACCCGCCUUAUAUUAUGAAGGUUCUCAGCGUACCUAAUUUAAAACUGUUGGAGGGAGAGCGUACCUCGCAUAGGUUUGAAAUACUUACACGACGUGCCAGCCCAGUGGAACAAAGCCCAAUACUCAACGUGAGCUUCAAGUGCGGUGGGCAUACUAGUGAGAUAUCUUUAAAGGUUGCCGCUGGAAUAACAAAUACGAUUUCCACUGGACAAGACUCACUCAAAGGACAAGUCAGCCUCUCACAAUUUGUUCAAAGAUGGAGAGCUCUCGGUGAUGCAUUAGGCAGAAGCGGUGAGUACCAUACUAAAACAAAUUCGCUUCAAACCCUCGAACAAAUCGGCGCUUGUAUGCAGAAAAUGGGAUUUGAUGUCGUAGAUCAAGCAAUUGCAGUAGACACGGUUUUUGCAGCGGGCAUCGUCCACACUAAAAAUGAUGGUAAUUCGGGUUCUCUUCUAAAACUGAGAUGGCAAACGGAUGGGGUAGAUAUCACUUGCAAGACUACUAAAGGUGGUCAGCUUUCUGAAUUUAUCGUACAAUGUGUAUGUGCAGCACUUGCAUAA